AUGAGCCGUGAGGAGGGCGAGAUGAGCAGUAGCUUGCUUCGCCCACACCCCAGGCCGCCCCUGGAAGUUGAUGACUUGCUCUCCGAGAUUCUCCUUCGCCUGCCUCCGGACCCGUCAUCCCUUCCCCGUGCCUCCGCCGUGUGUAGGCGCUGGCGCCUCCUCGUCUCCGACCCGGGCUUCUCCCGCCGCUUCCGUCGUCACCAUCACCGCAACCCUCCGAUCAUCGGUUUCUACGACAGUAAUCUUCGAGACCUCUCAUUCGUACCUACUCUGAAGGCCCCCAACCGUGUCUCGCCCGGGCGAUUGUCCUUAAGGCGCCAUCGCGACGACCAAUACUUCACCCCCCUGGGAUGCCGCCAUGGCCUCGUGCUGAUUUGUAUCGGGAACUCCGAACCACUGAAGCGCCAUGUUCUAGUGUGGAACCCUGUUACUGGUGAGCAGCAUCGCCAAGGCACUCCCCCGGGGUUCGACACAGGAAAACACUUCAAUGGGGCGGUGCUUCGGGCUGCAGCAGAUGUUGACCACUUCCAGGUGGUCUUGGUAGGCAACGGCGACCAAAAACGAGCGGUCGCUAGUGUUUACUCGUCAGAUACCGGCGUAUGGAGCAAUCUCGUCUCUACAUCAACAUCGUUGCCACUGAUGUCUUCUACAGACCCUUCACCCGACUGGUGUUUUAACGGUUUAUCCUUUGACCCCGCUGUGCUGGUUAGGAAUUCCCUAUACUGGCUGCUUGGAGCUGACUCGGUUGGAAUUCUCGAGUAUGAUUUGGAGAGACGGAGCCUUGAUGUGAUAGGAUUGCCAGUGCGUAUGCCUACUGGGUGUGCGAUUGGGAGCAAUAACCGAUUCUCGGUUGUGCAAGCGGAAGAUGGUGGGCUGGGUUUCCUCUCUCUGUCAGGCUUCAGCGCCCACUUAUGGCAGAGGAAGACCGAAUAUAAUGGUGCUGCUUCAUGGGUGAUUGAAAAAACUAUUAAACUGGACACACUACUGAAAAUUCCCGUGGAUCCAAAGAAAGAAGGACCAUUUAUUUUGGUGAUAGGAUUUGCCGAGGACAAUAAUACGGUGUUCCUAGGGACAAUAAUUGGCGUUGUCAUGCUCCAUCUUGAGUCGUUGCAGUUCGAGAAGCUUCAGUCUAGAAGUGCUUCUACCUACUAUCCAUUUGAAAGUGUCUAUGAUGCAUGUAAUAACACGACUUUACAGUAG